GUUGUAUUGAGGAUCGGAGUAGAGAACAUUGUCGUGUUUGGCAGAUUGAGGUUGGUAGGUGUGGCCGUGUGGGAGCCUCUGACGCAGAGGGGACCUGGGACUGGGAGCCGGGAUGGAACUUUCUGAGAUGGAUCGUUGGUUUGCAGCGCUAGAGCCUAAGGAUUGGUUAGUCCAAACCACCAUGGAGUUUGCUUAAACUUGUAGAAAAGUGGCAUCUGCACUGAAACUAGUACUACGUAGUACUACAGCUCUGUCUCACUCACCUGCCAACUCGUCAAUCCGGCCAAAUUGCAAAUCGCAUUUUUCACCGGGCUAUCUGGCCUUUACCAUUUGCUUUUUUUUGUUUGGAGUUUUCCACUAUCAAAUACUGCCAGAAAUCUUUUAUAACAGGAACGAUCUACAUCACUCAAAUUUUCAGAAACUUGAAAUAGCUGACAACGUAGACGUAGUUCUACACCGUGUAAAUUACUCCGGAAUCCAAGAACACGGUACGGUAACAGUCUGACUCAGCAAUAGUCGCAGUCCUGUUUGCCGGCGAGGGCGCGUCCAAGUCCACCUUCCAUAAUUUUCCAUGCCGAAACCGAGUAGGAGUACAUGACCUGAUGACCAUGACCCAGGCAGACAAAAUCGCCAAAACCAGCCCAAAUAAUCCCAACCGAACUCUAGCCCCAGAGACUUUUUUUUUUUUGCGGUGGACUAGCCCCAGAGACUCGCAAGAGUGGACCGUUCUCUUCUGGAAAUGUUUUCACUCGAAAAGGAAACGUACUAUGGAGUAGGAGUACAAAUCUUGGCACCUCGCCUCGCCCAGACCAGUAGGAAAGAGACAGGCGAGCGGCGAAGCGGAAGCACGUCGACAUCCCCCACCAUCCCCGCCUCGCGCCUCGUUCGCCGUUAAUGACCUCCAAAUCGGACGCCACUCCGCGGCAACAGCAGCGUCGCCGGCAGCGCGGAGCGAGGCGAUGGCGGGCGCGGCCGACGGCAGGGGGAGCAAGUACGCGGCCCUCCAUCCGACCGACGGGCCGGAGCUGGACGCGGCGGCGGUAAGCCGGAGGAGGCCCUCGGCGUCCGAGAGGAGGAGCAAGGAGAGGUUCGUGUACGGCUGCGCCAUCUUCGCCUCGCUUAACGCCAUCCUCCUCGGCUACGAUGUCGGUGUCAUGAGUGGCGCAAUCAUCUACAUCCAGAAAGAUCUCCACAUCACCGAGUUUCAGGAAGAGAUCCUAGUUGGUUGCCUAAGUGUGAUCUCACUCUUGGGAAGCCUGUCAGGAGGAAGAACGUCCGAUGCCAUCGGCAGGAAAUGGACAAUGGGCCUUGGUGCGAUCAUCUUCCAGACCGGUGCAGCCAUCAUGACAUUCGCUCCUUCGUUCACCGUGCUCAUGAUAGGGAGGCUUCUCGCCGGGGUGGGCAUCGGCUUUGGCGCCAUGAUAUCUGCCGUCUACAUUGCCGAGAUCUCCCCCGCGGCUGCCCGGGGGACUCUCACAUCCCUCCCUGAGAUCUGCAUCAACUUGGGGAUCCUUCUCGGCUACGUUUCCAAUUAUGCUUUCUCGGGCCUCUCCGAGCACAUCAGUUGGAGGGUCAUGCUUGGUGUCGGUAUCCUCCCGUCUGUCUUCAUCGGCGUCGCGCUUUUUGUGAUCCCGGAGUCCCCCAGGUGGCUGAUGAUGGAGAAGAGAGUUCCAGAGGCCAGGGCGGUGUUGCUGCAGAUAAGUGAAUCGGAGGCUGAGGUUGAAGAAAGGCUGGCUGAGAUUGAGGAAGCCGCAAAUAUCAUGAAGUCGGUUAAUUCUGAGGACAAGGCGGUGUGGAGGGAGCUGCUGAACCCUUCUCCGGCCGUUCGUCGGAUGCUGUAUGCUGGCUGUGGUAUUCAGUUGUUCCAGCAGAUCACUGGAAUUGAUGCUACUGUCUAUUACAGCCCAACAAUUUUCAGGGAUGCUGGAAUCAAGUCUGACCAGGAGCUUCUUGCAGCAACAGUUGCUGUUGGAUUUACUAAAACGAUUUUCAUACUGGUUGCCAUUUUCCUCAUUGAUAAAGUUGGGCGCAAACCGCUUCUGUAUGUCAGCACCAUUGGCAUGACGGUCUGCUUAUUUGCCUUGGGGACUGCACUUACAUUGCGAAAGCAUGCUGAGGGGCUUAUUUCUCCAAAUCUUGGGAUUGAUAUGGCGAUCUUUGCAGUUUGCGGGAAUGUGGCAUUCUUUUCGAUCGGGAUGGGACCGAUAUGCUGGGUGUUAUCUUCAGAGAUAUUUCCUAUAAGAUUGCGAGCUCAGGCAUCAGCACUUGGUCAAGUAGGUGGCAGAGUGGGCAGUGGCUUGGUUUCCAUGUCGUUCCUCUCCAUGGCCCGUGCUAUAUCCGUGGGGGGAAUGUUCUUCGUCUUUGCAGCGAUCUCGACCGUCUCCGUUGUGUUUGUGUACUUCUGUGUGCCGGAAACUAAAGGGAAAACUCUGGAGCAGAUUGAGAUAAUGUUUGAAGGUGGCAAGGAGUGGAAAGGAGGUGGCGAGGUCGAGCUUGAAGAUACACAGCAUUUAAUUCAGGGUGACAAGAAAGCUUUCUCUCUAGGUUGAUACAAUCAGCAAAGCAACAAGAAGCUUCAUGUCAGUGCUGAAACAGCCUCGUCCUGCUUCGGGCAUCAGAUUGAAAAAUGAUGAAGCUGCCUUCAGCUGCUGCCGAUUUUGAGGGCUCAACAGGACUUUACUGCGCAUAGGUUGUAACAUAGAUGGUGUAUUGUGUUUUUAGUGUAAAGUACUCCAUUAUGCAACCAUACCACAAGUAUCACGUAGAAGGAGGACACAAUGCGGUUGUAUCUGGUGGUCUCUUCCACCUAUAAAAUCAAUAUAGUCGAAGAAUUCAUUUGUA